AUGAAAUUGAUUAAUAGUGAAGAGAAAGCCGCUCAUAUUGCGUACUUUUCAACAGAAGGAUUCAAAGGAUUGAUCUACGGUUCUCUUAUAUCUUUCGGGCUCUAUGAAUACAUAAAAACAAGACAACCAGGUAGGUUUAGAACAUUCAGCGCCAGUAUAAAGACAUGCAUUUUGAUAAUACCAACAAUCGGAAUAGGUGCUUUUUGGGCGGAUCAAGGUUCAGUCGAGUUUGAUAGAAAAAUGCAUUCUUCAAAUAAUAGUACGGUAAUGGAGGAAUACCGUCAAUGGAAUAAUAUGACACUUUUGGAUAAGGUAGCACACUCGCUUCUGAAAUACAAGUCCCAUUUCCUAGUUACGUCUUGGAUAGGAUCCAUUUACGGUUCUUGGAUCCUAAUCCGCAAAGACAAGACUUUGAAUGCUGCUCAAAGAAUAUCCAAGAUCAAAAAGUAUGCUAUAGGAAGCACAGCGUCCGUUUUGAUGGCCGCUAUAUUAGUUUCAAGGACCAGCGAAGCCCUGAACAGUAAAGUAUCAAAUGAGAACAAUAAAGAUACGUAUGCGACAAAUGGGACUAGUGAGUUUGCUGAAACUGACGUUCUACUAAAGAGCAAAAAGACUAAGGAAGCAGCGGAGGAAGAGAAAAAAUAG